AUGACUCCAGCCGUCAGGAAUCCUCAAGCCUACCUGUCAGAGAAAGAACAGGAUGCGUAUGUUCCUGAUGGCACUACGCCCAAUCUCGAGACAUACAUGCACUAUGCCAAGAUUCAACGUGACAGGGAGGCCCUCUCUGCCAAGAAUGAUGUUGAAGGUAGCCGCUCGGGUGGCCUGAUGAGAAUAUUCAAUCGCUCCCAGGAAUCUGACAGGCGUUCUGUUGCGUCUGAUGGGAAGAAUGUCGCUCAUUCCUCAGAGGAGGGGAGCGGCGCUCUAGUCACCGCAGGCGAGUACCGUGCAGCUUCUGGGGCUCUUAGGACGGCCACGUGGGGAAGCAUGUUCUAUCUUAUAACCACCGACAUUUUGGGUCCUUACUCUACCCCGUGGGCAUUCCAACAAGUUGGAUAUGGUCCUGGUGUAGCCUGUUUCUUCGUCUUCGGCAUUUUGGCUGCAUACGGUGGCUUUCUCCUAUGGUGGAUGUUCUUGAAACUGGACUCGGAAAGGUAUCCCGUCAGGUCUUUCGGAGACUUAGGACAACGCAUCUAUGGCCGUUGGUUCAAGUAUCUCUGCAACAUCUUGCAAAGUUUGCAGCUCGUGUUCAAUGUCGCGAUCAUUAUUCUUCAAAAUGGCCAAGGUCUUUCGCAGAUGGCAAAGUUCAAGCUUAUGCUUCAGCGUUGUAACGUUGUCUGGACCCUGGCUGGAAUGGUACUCGGUCAAAUUCGGACUCUUCAGAAGUUUGGCAAGGUCGCCAAUCUCUCUAUCUGGCUAAACAUCAUUGUAUUGAUUAUGACGAUGGCCUUUGUGGCUAACUCGCCACCUAACUAUACUGCGUCACCGUCUGGACAAGACACAGGCCCCGUGGUGACUCUGGCAAUCAACCUACAGCCUUUCCAGGACCAGCUCGAUGGUAUCAUGCAGAUUGUGUUCUCAUUCGGUGGAUCCAUGAUUUUUGUCGAGUUCAUGGCUGAAAUGCGGCGCCCAAUGGAUUUCUGGAAGGCUAUGGCGUAUGCCCAGAUCUUUAUCUUCAUCGUAUACAUGUUCUUUGGCCUCUUCGUCUACACAUACCAAGGCCAAUAUGUUAUCAAUCCGGCCAACCAGGGAAUUUCCGCUUACGGUCUACAGACUGCAACGAACGCCAUUUCUUUGACCGCUGGUAUCAUUGCUGCUGCAAUGCUUGGCAACAUUGGUAUCAAAGUCAUCUACAACAACGUUUUCGUGGAGAUGUUUGGUUUCCCCCAGUUGACUGUGACUUUGGGUAAAUACUACUUCGCCAUCUCUGUCAUAGUGUAUUGGUCCAUUGCCUUCGUUAUUGGAUCCUCCAUCCCGCUAUUCAGCGACCUCUCGUCGCUGGUUGCUGCCGUUUGCAUCUUCCAGUUUACAUACACCUUCCCACCAUUCAUGAUCUUGGGUUACUGCAUGCAACUGGAUGCUACAAAAGGCGACGGAGAGUUUGACAUCAACAACCCCCACGCCCACCGUGUUGAUACAUGGAGGGAUUUAUCGCGUUGGAAACGUGCAUUUUUCACCAAGAAUACGUUCUUCCACCUGUGGAAUUUCCUUCUCACACUCGCAUGCUUGUCUUGCGCUAUUCUGAGCGCGUACUCGGCCCGUCAUUUCGAUCGUGUCUUCGUUCGAUACCUCGCAUUCUGCGACGUCGUUUAGCUGUAAGUCGCCAUUGGACAACAGUUAAGACCUCAAGUGGUUAAGACAUCAUAGUAUGAAUUCGAAUGUGUGUUAUUAAAAGUUGUAGGAUGUCAUAGAUAAACUC